AUGUACAGCUGCGUACAGCUGCCACCACCUUUCGUAACUAUUAAACCUACUCUGGACCUAACAGUAGAAGCUAUAAAGCUCGGUUACAGACACUUCGACACAGCAGCACAAUAUGGGUCCGAGUGUGCUCUCGGAGAAGCCAUUGCCCAAGCGCUUCAACUUGGUCUCAUCAGCUCCAGAAAGGACCUUUUCAUCACUUCCAAGCUCUGGUGCUCCGAUAAUCAUCCCCAUCUCGUUCUUCCUGCACUACAAAAGUCACUUCAGUCUCUUAAAUUAGAUUAUUUGGACCUUUAUUUAAUCCAUUGGCCUUUGAGUGCGAAGAAGUGGGAUAUCCCUUAUUCUGAAGAGUGCCUUGUGCCCUUUGACUUAAAGGGUGUGUGGGCAGCAAUGGAAGAGUGUCACAAACUGGGCCUUACGAAAUCAAUUGGAGUCAGCAACUUCUCCCCCAAGAAGCUAGAAAAUCUACUCUCUUUUGCUACAAUUCCUCCUUCGGUCAAUCAAGUGGAGAUGAAUAUUGCCUGGCAGCAAAAGAAUCUUAGAGAAUACUGCAAGGCAAAGGGUAUAACGGUAACUGCCUACUCUCCUUUGGGAGCCAAAGGGACCAAAUGGGAUAUCAAUCGAGUUUUGGACCAUGAAUUGACCAAACAGAUUGCACAGGCUCAUGGCAAAACUGCUGCUCAGGUAUGUCUUAGAUGGUUAUUUGAACAAGGUGUGACUUUCAUACCGAAGAGCUACAAUAAAGAUAGAUUAAAGCAAAAUAUAGAGAUAUUUGACUGGUCACUCACAAAAGAUGACCAUGAAAAGAUUAAUCAAGUCAAACAGGACCGUAUGUUCAAGAACGGACCCGCAGCAUUCCCACUUCCUGACCUAUUCGAUGGGGAAACUUAGUAGUACAAUAUCAGCUUCAAUAUUUCAUUUUCCUUGAGAUUUAGUUUUCCAGUGAUAGUGACAAAAAGGAUGAACAACAAACUAUCUUUAUAAUGCCCUGAAAGAAAUUCAAGACUGAAGUCACUGGUUUCACUUUUUGUGGAAAGUUAUUGUUUACAGCACUGUUAUGCUUUUCUUUCAUGUAACGUGCUAGACUGUUUUAUUAGUUGUAAUGUAAUUGUAAUUCCAACAAUAGGCAUCCAGUAUAAGCUAGACCGUUUAUAGUUUAAUCAGUUUUACUGCAUGUUCUUGUAAUUC